AUGCUAUGGUUCAAGGUCUUGGGACCACCUAUAUUUCUGACUGCUGCUUUAAUAUUUUACAAUGAAUAUUUUAUAUUCUACAACGCUUUUUCUAACUGUGGAUGGCCUUGCAAACAUGGAAAAUGUACCGAAUCUAGUCUGAAGGCUUUUAUGAUAUCUGACACUCAUUUACUGGGCAGAAUAAACGGUCAUUGGUUAGAUAAGUUGAAGAGGGAAUGGCAAAUGUAUCAAUCAUUUUGGAUCUCAUCGUGGGUUCACAAUCCCGAUGUUGUCUUCUUUUUGGGAGAUUUGAUGGACGAAGGAAAAUGGGCGGGCAGCCCUCUGUUCAGUACUUAUGCUGAUAGAUUUCGCCAGUUGUUCGGAGAUGGUAAAACAGUAAUAACUUUGGCUGGAAAUCACGACAUAGGAUUUCAUUAUGCAGUAAUGCCAGAUACACUAGACCUGUUUCGAAAAGAGUUUCGACGCGGCCUCAUUGAUGAUAUUGAGAUCAAAGGUCACCGAUUCAUUCUGAUAAAUUCAAUGGCACUACAUGGAGAUGGAUGUAGAUUAUGCCACGAGGCAGAAGUAGAACUCGAGAAAAUAAAAAGAAAGAAGUCUAAUCGUCCCAUAGUUUUACAACACUUUCCAUUGUAUAGAAAAAGCGAUGCUGAUUGUGAAAAAGUUGACGACCUUCAUGAAAUUGAUCUGAAUGAACAGUACCGUGAGCAGUGGGAUACCCUGUCUAAAGAUUCUUCAGCGAAGUUAAUCAAAACUCUCAAUCCACUAGCUGUAUUUGGAGGACACACUCAUAAAAUGUGCAAGAGAAAAUGGCCCAAACCAGAUAACUCGGGAUACUUUUUCGAGUACACUGUCAACUCAUUUUCUUGGCGGAACGGAGACAUUCCCUCGUUAUUAUUAGCUGUGAUUGACGGUGAUGAUGUACUUGUGAACAGCUGCCGGUUACCGUCUGAACUGACACAAAUCUCAGUUUACGUAGUCGGAGGAGUGGCUAUUCUGAUUCUUACAAUUGUUCUUGCCGUGAAACGACGCGUCAUAUUUAAGCGUCGAUGCUCAUAUUCUCUUUUAAUGUACAGAUCUCAGGAAAAAUGUGAUUGA